CUGCUUGUUUCUGCACAAACAUCAAUAAAUGAUCAUAAAAAUGUUUCUCAGCUCAGGAAGUUCCUGGAAUCUGAAUCCUCCUCCUGCUGGAGCCUCCGUGUCGGCUCCUCCCUGCCUGACGCUCCGCCUCCUGCAGGAGGACCGCAGGCAGACGGAGACGGACGCAGCAGAGGACAGAUCAGAGGACAGAGCAGGAUCUUCAUCAUCUUCAUCAUCUUCAUCAUGGACGCUCUGAGGAAGGGAUUCUCCAUGGCCAAGGACGGCGUGGUCGCCGCCGCUGAGAAGACGAAGGCCGGCGUGGGCGAGGCCGCCACCAAGACCAAGGACGGGGUCGUGUAUGUGGGAAACAAGACGAUGGAGGGAGUGGUGACGAGCGUGAGCACAGUUGCUCAGAAAUCCACCGAACAGGCCAAUGUCGUUGCCGACACUGCGGUUGCCGGGGCCAACGAGGUUGCCCAGGCGACUGUGGAGGGCGUGGAGAACGCGGCGCUGGCGAGCGGAUUGGUCAAAACGACUGGAGUCCCUACAGCAGCAGAUCAGCCUGAACCUGCAGCUCAGUAGACUCAGCACGCCGCCGUCUCAGAGGAGAGAAGAAGAAACUCAAAGCUAACCUGCUGCUCAGCCGUUCCUCCUCUGGUCGUUAACCUCAUUAACCAAUCAGGAGCUCCGACUGCCUUGUUGCCUUUCAGCUGAUUGGAUGUGUUCAACUCCUGCUGCUCACCUGCACCGUUUACCUGUAAGCCCCGCCCCCUGACCCAGCUCUACUAAUGCAUGCAGCUUCACUAAAACAGAAACGGAGUUUACUCUGAUUCAGGCUCUGCUGGUUGAAUCUUUUAUAAACUACAAGAAAUAAAGAGCUUAAAAUCCACCUGUGUCAUGAUCCGUGUUUCUGUGUUUAGUUCUGUGUUUAGUCCCGUUUCCCUGAGUCUCUGUCCUGUCCUCCCCGUUCAUUGAUCCCAGCUGGGUCUCCUUCCUGUGAUUACCCUCCCAGUGGAUUUAGUCUCACCUGUUGUCUGCAUCUGUCUGUCCCAGUAGAACCGGUUUAGUCCUGUGACGGCUCAGCUCCGUUUGUCAGUCUUUAUUUCAGUGCUACCGGCAAUUAGCUGUGUGCUUAUCUGUCUGCGUGCUGCCUGUUUUUUCCUGGACUGCUCCGAGCACUAAAACCAUUUAUUAUUCAUUAAAACAUCAUUUCAUCUGUA